AAGAAGGACUAAAAUGGUACAAUUGAAGAAGUUUAAGGAUUUGUUUUUGUCUCCAGAGUAUAUUAGUAUAUUUUUUUUAUACCUUAUUCUCCUCACUUCUUCUACGUUUUGCUCUGCCCCAACUGCUCUUUGAAUCGAUCAUCAGGAUUUUCAACAUGGGACUUUCGAGAACUGCUUGUAUUGUUCUCUUCUUCUGCUCUAUUCUCUUAACUGAUGCCCUUUCCACACCCAAUGGUGGGUUGGUCAAGAUUGGACUUAAAAAGAGGAAGUUUGAUCCAAACAACCGGGUAGCUGCCCGCCUUGAUUCUGAAGAAGGAGAGGCAUUGAGAGCUUCCAUUAGGAAGUACCAUCUUCAAGGGAACUUGGGAAGCUCAGAGGAUAUUGAUAUUGUAGCUUUAAAGAACUACAUGGAUGCUCAAUAUUUUGGUGAAAUUGGUGUUGGCACACCUGCACAGACAUUCACUGUGAUUUUUGACACUGGCAGUUCUAAUCUGUGGGUGCCAUCAGCUAAGUGUUAUUUCUCGAUCGCUUGUUAUUUCCAUUCAAAGUAUAAGUCAAGCCAAUCAAGCACAUACACGAAGAAUGGUUGGUCUCUUUGUAUUGGUAAGCCAGCUGAUAUCCAUUAUGGGACUGGAGCUAUUUCGGGAUUCUUUAGCCAAGACCAUGUACAAGUUGGUGAUCUAGUGGUUCAAGAUCAGGAAUUUAUUGAGGCAACCAGGGAGCCCAGCAUCACAUUUAUGGCUGCUAAGUUUGAUGGAAUACUUGGACUUGGAUUUCAAGAGAUUUCUGUUGGAAAGGCUGUCCCUGUGUGGUACAAUAUGGUUGAACAAGGUCUUGUUAAAGAGCCUGUUUUCUCAUUUUGGUUCAAUCGCAAUGCUAAUGAAGAGCAAGGGGGUGAACUUGUUUUUGGUGGGGUAGAUCCAAAUCAUUACAAGGGUGAGCAUACAUAUGUUCCCGUGACCCAAAAAGGAUACUGGCAGUUUGACAUGGGUGAUGUCUUGGUUGAUGGACAAACAACUGGAUUUUGUGCCGAUGGCUGUGCUGCAAUUGCUGAUUCUGGAACCUCUUUGUUGGCUGGUCCAACGGCCAUUAUUGCUGAAGUCAAUCAUGCUAUUGGAGCCACAGGGGUUGUCAGUCAAGAAUGCAGGCUUGUAGUGUCACAAUAUGGGGAAACCAUAAUUGAAAUGCUUUUGGCAAAGGACCAACCUAAAAAAAUUUGCUCAAAAAUAGGUUUGUGUGCAUUUGAUGGGACCCAAGGCAUAAGUAUGGGCAUUGCUAGUGUUGUGGAUGAGAAUAAUCAGAAAGCAUCCAGUGGUUUGCGCGAUGCAACAUGUUCUGCUUGUGAGAUGGCAGUUGUAUGGAUGCAGAACCAGCUUAGGCAGAACCAGACAGAGGAUCAUAUACUUAACUAUAUUAAUGAGCUCUGUGAUCGAUUGCCUAGUCCAAUGGGAGAAUCUGCAGUUGAUUGCAACAGUCUAUCUUCUAUGCCAAAGGUGUCCUUUACAAUUGGUGGAAAGAUAUUUGACCUCAGUCCUGAGCAGUACAUCCUGAAAGUGGGAGAGGGAGAUGCUGCUCAAUGCAUUAGUGGAUUUACAGCACUGGAUGUGCCACCUCCUCGUGGACCUCUCUGGAUCUUGGGGGAUGUCUUCAUGGGUCAAUUCCAUACUGUAUUUGACUAUGGGAACAUGAGGGUUGGAUUUGCUGAAGCCGCAUAACUCAGUUCUCUUCACCUAAAGACACCUUAGUGCUGAUCACAUGUAAAUAAAUACCCAUGCCAUCUGAAUGUAUGGUUUGUGAUAUGACAUGAAUGGAGAUGAAUGUAUGGUUUGUGAUGACAUGAAUGGUUGUGCUGCUCCUUAAUUUAGUACAUCAAAACACUCGUAGCUACUGUGUGCCUGUCUGUAGUAAUAUAAAAAUCAAAACCUAAGUACUGCUAUUAUCAUAGUAGAAUUUGACUUGUCAUCAUGAUUACAUACGAUGUACCAAGAAUGCUGAAUUGUGCCUUUUGUGUUGGAUUUGCAGCAUGACUACUAUUGGAUGCAUGAACAUUAGUAGCAUAAAAUACAAAACAUUGA